CUUAGCAAUGCUACCGCACCACCACGAUAGCACACUAGCAAGUCGACUUCAUUUGCCAACUGUCACAGUCGGUGCCGUUUCCAUACACUCUGUUUAACUAUGCCGUCGUACUUGGUCACAGGAGCCAACCGAGGCCUUGGGCUUGCCAUGGUCAAAGAGCUUCUCAAAGACCCACAAAACGUGGUGGUGGGGACCGCACGCGAUCCGGGACGAUGCGAAGCGCUUGAGGCGUUGACCAAAGAGUACCCAAGCGAUCGGUUCGCGAGCGUCGCCUUAAAUCUCCUUGUCAAGUACACCAUAGACAAAGCGGCGGAAGACACGGCUGCGCUGUUGCCAAAUGGCCUGGAUUACCUGGUCAAUAACGCGGGGGUCUGCCAUCAGAACGUCGUACCAUUUGAAUCCGUCGAUAUGGAUGUGCUCGUGGAGGAGCUACACGUGAACACGGCGGCACCACUAUAUCUACUCCAGAAGUUCCUCCCGCUGAUUCGCAAGGGUUCUGAGAAGAAGGUGAUGCUCAUAUCAUCGUGCCUGGGAUCACUGGAGGCCGCACCUAUGUUCCUUGGGUGCAGUGAUAGCUAUUCGCUGACGAAAGCGGGCCUCAAUAUGUUGGGACGCAAAUGGGGUGCGCUUCUGAAGGAGGAGGGCGUGACAGUAGUAGUUGUCCACCCAGGAUGGAUUGACACCGACAUGGGCAGUCAUAUCGAGGACUGGGUAGCGCAACAUGCUCCUGAAACUCGGAAGCUGCCCCCUUCAGAGUCUGCUGAGGGGUGUCUCAAAGUCUUUCAGAUAGCAAAGCUCGAGAAUGCAGUUGAAUACUACACAUGGGAUGGUACAAAUUUGCCUUGGUAAUCCGAGUCAUCAGUAUACGGACUACUUAUCCGCAUCGUAACCUGUAUUGUAGGCGACGGUUAUUGUUGAACCCAAGUCGAACGGCGAGUGCACUGCAUGCAGAUCGUAAGUCCGCUAUGUAUGAUGAAUAUAUCAUGGGGCGCAGGUCGGGCUAUUGACCUAGCUUCUUCGAGGACACGCAUUGGAUGCAAUCCACAACUGUGGCUGUCACUCUCAAUGACAAAU